AUGGAAACUGGUGGGAGGAAGAAUGUCGACCCAUCGCUGGAAAAACACUCCCAUGAUGCCGACGAGGCGAUGGUAGCCUUCCAAGAGCUUCAAGGCGAAACCAUCACUCUCGAUGAGGCAACUAAUAGAAGGCUGUUACGAAUUAUCGACUGGCAUAUUAUGCCGAUCAUGUGUGUGGUUUAUGGGAUGAAUUAUUUGGACAAAACAACAUUAUCCUAUGCCAGUGUUAUGGGGCUUAAAACGGAUCUAGGAUUGAAAGGCAAUGAGUACCAGUGGCUGGGUAGUUUGUUUUAUUUCGGUUAUUUGGCAUGGGAAUAUCCGACUAGUCGACUACUUCAGCUUCUUCCUAUUGCAAGGUACUCCGGAGCAUGUGUCGUUAUAUGGGGGGCUAUCCUUUGCUUGUUUGCCGCAGUUCACAACUUCCCCGGCGCUGUCGCAAUUCGUUUCUUCUUGGGUGUCUUCGAAGCGUCUGUCACGCCAGGAUUUGCCCUUUUAACCUCGCAGUGGUACACGAAGAAAGAACAAGGCAGCCGUGUCAACAUAUGGUUCAGCUUUAACGGCUGGGGCCAGAUCUUGGGGGGUCUCGUGGCAUAUGGUAUUGCCGAAGGUACUCAGAAACACGGAUCGGCCAUCCAGCCAUGGAAGAUUGUCUUCCUCGUCACAGGUCUACUGACGCUGGCAUUUGGGUUCAUCUUUCUCUGGGUAGUACCUGAUAACCAAUUAAAUUGCCGUUGGCUGAAGAAGGAAGACCGUGUUCUGGCCGUCGCGCGUGUUAGGAUAAAUCAGCAGGGGAUCGGGAACAAGCACUUUAAACUGUAUCAGCUUAAGGAGACACUUCUAGAUCCAAUGACCUGGGCAUUUUUCUUUUUCGCGAUCCUCUCCAACAUCCCGAAUGGUGGCAUCAGCAACUUCUUCAACCAGCUGAUCACUAGCUUUGGCUACACGCAAAACGAAAGUCUUCUAUACGGUACACCUGGCGGCGCAGUUGAGGUUGUCGCUCUCCUUUUGAAUGGGUAUAUGGGGCAUAUCACCAAUCAACGGCUCCUUUGUAGCCUUGGUGGUUUGGCUACAGCUAUUGUCGGCAUGGUCCUCAUUAUUGCCCUCCCACUAGGCAAUAAAAUAGGCCGUCUGCUCGGCUAUUAUAUGACACAGGCGAGUCCAACGCCGUUUGUCGCGCUGCUGUCAAUGAUUUCGUCGAACGUAGCUGGCUACACCAAGAAGACGACAGUGGCAGCGUUCUAUUUGAUUGGCUAUUGCGUGGGGAACAUCAUAGGCCCUCAGAUCUUCCUCCCCGGAGAUGCACCCCGAUAUGUCCCCGCCGAGAUUGCCAUUGUUGUCUGCUGGGGAGUCUGCCUCUUUUUGCUGGUAUUCAUUUGGUGGUGGUACAGAAAGGAGAAUACAAAAAAGGAGCGAAUCCGCGCAGGCCCUAACUAUACGCGAUUGGAGAAUCAGGAAUUCAUGGACUUGACGGAUCGGGAAAAUCACGACUUUAUCUAUUCAUUGUGA